UUCAAUCUAUUUUUUCUUCUCGAACAUUGUGGACGCUUUCAGAGGCAAGAAAGUUUCCUCUCUUGCAUUUAUUCAGCAAAACUUAACUAAAUUGUGACUAAUAUAUCCAAUUAAAAACAAAGAAAAUUUGUGUAUUAAAAACGUAAAGCCGAUUUGGUGAACAAUUUAGCAACAACAAAAGCAAUAUAAGUUUAGUCGUAAUAUUCGUCAGAGUUAACGCUUACUGCGUUUUAUUUAAAAAACUACCAUCGGAAAACAAAUGCAAAGUUGAAAGAAUACUUUGUCUGCUACAUAUAAAAAUUAAAAAUUUUGACGACGGAAUCGUGCUGGCUUGCAAAAAUAAAGAAAAGAGCGUUAAAAAUACUUAAAAAUACACGUGACUAAAUUGAAAGUCGGUAUCGCAAUAACAUAGCUGCUGUGCAGACAAAGGAAACUGUGACCAGAAGAGCAAGUAUUGAUGUUAGUCGUGUGUAUUCCUACUUUCAAAUAAGGAAUUGCAAACAAAGAAAUCAUCAGUCAAACGUUCAUUUGAAGCCUGUCUUUGUACAUCCACUGCAAACAAGCAAUAACCCAGGUUAGGUAAAACCACUUCAAUAAUCAGAAGGCAAAAAAUUGUCUUUGUGUUCGACGCGGAAUUGCAUGAAAAGUUGCUGCAUUUACUAAUUCCAAGUGUGGGGUAACAACAAAGUGUGGAGUAACAACAAACAAAACAGAAUAUAUAUUGGAAAAAAGACAACUGAAGUAAACAAUAACAAACAACGCAAAUAUGCCAGCUGAUUCGAUUUCAAGAAUGGACUCCAACGGUUCUGGUGGCGAGGCUAAUCCGCCCGAAAAUUUACUGGGUACCUCCCCCGGUGCUUCAAGUUUGCGCAGUCGCACUGAGAGUGAAAGUUCUGACAAGCUGACGCGUUUCGUUCUGCCCAGCAUGGAUGGUAGUCCACCAAAGGUGCUAACACUGAACGAAGUGGGUGAUGUGCUAAAAAAUAUACAAAACAUGGAACUGGUGCACGAAAUUGCAAUUAAUCCUGAGUUUAAAUUCGAGCCUUAUGAACCACCAGAGAACAGUCUGGAACGCCGCAUCAAAGAUAUUAUGCAUAAAGCCUUCUGGGAUGUAUUGCGUGGUGAAUUGAAUGAAAAUCCCCCCCGCUAUGAUUACGCCCUACAAUUGUUGGCUGAGAUUAAAGAUUGCUUUCCACAAAUAAUCUCGCAGAAUAAUACACGUGCCUUACAGCACAUCAACGAAAUACUGGACAUCGAUGUACUCAAGCAACAAGCCGAGGAGGGUGUGCUAGAUUUUAGAGCUUAUGCAAAUUUUGUCAUACAAAUUAUGGCGAAGUCUUGUGCACCAGCACGUGAUGAAAUGGUGCGUCAGUUAACUGAAAUCACAGAUGUGGUGGAUACUUUUAAGAAUAUACUGGAAACAAUGGCGCUUAUGAAAUUAGAUAUGGUCAAUUGUUUACUCGAUUUUGCACGCAAUGACAUUAUGGCCAAUUCGGUAGAAUAUGAGAAGAAGAAAUUCAAGGAGUAUUUGGAGUAUUACAAAUUUGGCUUCCCAGCCACCGAAAAUUGGCUGAAGAAUAGUUGUGCACAUGAUGUCAAUAAUGUGCCCUCCACGCCAGAACAAACCAUCUCCAAUGCUUACAUGCAACUUAUGGAUUGGGAUGAGUCCAUGGAGUUCCCAGAGGUGCUGUCUGUUGACAAGGAGCGUAUCUUGAAACUGGGCCAACGUGCCAAACGUAUUUGCACGUGCGCGGCAGUCAUCUCCAUUUGCUCAGGUGUGCCGAUUAUUUCGCAACGCACUGAAAAUCGUGUGGCACUUGCCAAGCAAAUUGAAAUCAUAUUGCAAGGCACUACUAAUAAAAAAGAGCUCUUGGAUUCCAUAGAAAACGUUUGGCUGCAAGUCAAGACCGUUAUAACUGGCUAUUUGCAGAAGGAGAAUCAGCCGAUAAUGGAUACUAAUACGGAGGAUUUGUUGAAAUCGCAAAUAAUGCAGGCAGGCAACAAGGAUUCACCUGUGGGCCAACUAAUGUGGAAACGUUUUCAAACAUAUUUCCGUUUGGCCCUACGCUCGCGAGCUGGUUUGCCACCGCCACCACCUGGCUAUGCGGAUUUCCAAGAUGAACUCGAGGCCUAUACCACUGCCUUAAAACGCGUAAUUGCCUAUAAUCAUUCCGUCUUCGGUGAAUACUUUAUGCGUGUGCUCACACAACAGCCUUUCGCAAGCAGCGCAGCAACAGUAACUACGUCUGAUGCUGGAGCUGCUGGCGGCACCACAGCAAAGGAACAGGACUCUGCUGACAAUGCCGCUGCUGCUGCCACUGCCGAACAGAAGGCUGAACAGAGCCAAUAAUCGAAAUAUAUGCUGGCGUAUUGUGAAGGACAAGCGGCAGUAAUGUGCUGUGCGUGAAUAUGUGGUGCGAAUGUUGUUGUCAGACAAGUGCUGCCAUUGGCCUAAAUUGAUUUCAUAGAAUAAAUCGGAAGUUUUGUAAACGAAAUAACUAACAUAGCCCACUUUGCUGUGCCAGAAGCGCGAGAAUUUACUAAUUAAGGAGGCGUAACAGUUAGGAGGGCGCACAAGCAGAAAUUCGAAAAUUUUUCCUACCCAAAAAACAAAACAAACAAACGUAAAUUUAUCGAAAAUGGAUAACGUUAGAAACAAACAAAUUGAAUGAAAUUAAUAAUGAAGAAAUGCAAAGUCGAAAAUCAUAAAAAUUAUACAAAUUGAAACGUUAAAACGUGUUAUUUUUUAUUUUAAACAACUGUUUCACAAAAUUAUUAAAUGAAGCGAAGCUAAAUUCAGUGUGAAAUUAUAAGUAUAGUUAAAAAAUCGAAAUCUUUAAUUUUAUUUAGCGACAAAAGCUUCGUAAGGUCAAUGAAAAUUUAUAAACAAAAA